AUGACAACAAAACAUCACAUGACAAACUCGAUGGCCAAUAGUUCGCACAGUAGUUCUCACAGUCUACAGUCUUCUAAUGUCGUAGGUGUACAUUACAGAGUCGGGAAAAAAAUCGGUGAAGGGAGCUUUGGGGUCAUCUUUGAAGGAACGAACCUACUAAAUAAUCAACAAGUCGCGAUUAAAUUUGAACCACGUAAAAGUGAUGCACCCCAACUCCGUGAUGAAUAUCGAACUUAUAAGAUUUUGCAAGGAUCACCCGGUAUACCGAAUGUAUAUUAUUUUGGACAGGAAGGACUGCAUAACAUACUAGUAAUUGAUCUGCUUGGGCCCAGUUUAGAAGAUCUGUUUGAUAUGUGCGGCAGGAAAUUCAGCAUUAAAACAGUGGUUAUGGUAGCUAAACAAAUGCUUACACGUGUGCAAACAAUUCAUGAGAAGAAUCUUAUCUAUCGUGAUAUCAAACCAGAUAAUUUUUUAAUUGGUCGCCCAGGAACAAAAGGAGCUAAUACAGUUCACGUUGUAGAUUUCGGCAUGGCAAAGCAAUAUCGAGACCCAAAGACUAAACAACAUAUUCCCUAUCGGGAGAGAAAAAGUCUAAGUGGCACUGCAAGAUAUAUGAGCAUAAACACUCAUCUGGGCAGAGAGCAAUCACGACGUGAUGAUCUGGAAGCUCUUGGUCAUGUUUUUAUGUACUUUUUAAGAGGAGGGCUACCUUGGCAAGGGCUUAAAGCAGCAACUAAUAAACAAAAAUACGAGAAAAUUGGUGAAAAAAAACAAUCAACGCCUAUUAAAGAGUUAUGCGAUGGUUUUCCAGAGGAGUUUGGCAUAUACCUUAAUUAUGUUCGUAAAUUGGGAUUCGAAGAGAAUCCAGAUUAUGAUUUUCUCCGAGAUUUAUUCACGAAAGUUUUGAAAAAUUUAAAUGAUACAGAAGAUGGGGUGUAUGACUGGAUGUUACUUAAUGGCGGUAAAGGAUGGGAAACUAGUACGAACAGUCAUAAAAGAAAAGAUGACGGUGCUCUGAACCCUGAAACUAACACACGCCUAACACUUCAUGGAACCUCAUCUCAGCAGUACAGUUCAAACGCUGGUAUUCAUCUUCAUCAGCACCAUGGAACAUCCGAUCCACGACUUCAUCGCUCAUCGCUCACUCGAGGACCAUCGAUGAAUCGUGGUCAACAGCCACAAAAUAACCCAUCAUCGCCUGCAUUAGCUCAUACAAAUUCGAAGAGAGGAUCUAAAGGACCAAAGCACUCGAGUGGUAUGAUGCCAUCUGGAAAUGUGGAUGAUCCGAAUCCUUAUGGUGGUCGUGUCGGAAUGAAUGGUGGUAAUGGGAAUGCUACCGGUCCUCAAGGAAAUAAUGUUGCUGACUCAAAUUCGAAUCGACGGCGCGGAAUCUGGCAAAAGUUUAUCGGGGGAUUUAAUUUCCGUUAG